AUGGCAUACGUCCCAGACCCAUAUCGGGUCCUCACCCUGAACUGCAGGGUGUUGAAUAUCCCAUAACGGCGAACACAACUGCUGAUGGACCUGCACAAGCGCCGUAUCUCUGCAGCAUUCCUUCAGGGAAGGAUCUGCACCAUCACUGAAAAGCAGACAUUACCGCCGCCUUCAGCAAUCACCCCACCACCUGAAAAGCAGGAGUGGCGAUACUCCUGAACGCGAAGCUCCAAUUCCAGGAACUGGAUAGAUCCACAGACCCUCAGGGCCGCUACCUCUUCUUGAAAGGCGAAGUCCAGAACCGCAAAUACACCUUCACAACACUUUAUGUACCCAACCAAAACCAGGCUCAACAUAUCCGCAGGACCCUCUCCAAUCUCUCCUCAUUCACAGAAGGAACAUUCAUUGUAGGAUGCGACCUCAACGUCCUCCUUCACCCGCUUCUAGACUCCUCCACAGGCCACAGUAGUGUCCCGCAGGGAGCAAUACGGAGCAUCCACUCGGCUCUUCGAGGUCUGAGAUUGGUGGACUGCUGA